AUGUGGCCUGCAGAGGGGAAAGACACGUGCGGGUUGAGCAAGACGGAGACGCACGAGUACGAGGUGUUCAGACACACAGUCCCAAUGCGCAACAAAGGCCAGAAGGCCAUAUGUGAGUGUCGGCGGCAGAAAGCAGCAGCAGCAGCAGCAGCAGCAGCAGCAGCAGCAGCAGCAGGGGGGGAGGAAGCAGCAGACGCUGCAGCAGGAGCCAUUGAGGGCUUCGCAGCGUGGGAAGUUUCCAAAAAACAGAAGCAGCAAAAAAAAGAAAUCGAAGGAAAUAAUAUUAAAAUGGCUCAGGGUUUAGGAGCCACUUUGAAAAUAGCGCAGCUGCUGCGCGAAAAGGCCCCCGAGGCGCAGCAGCUGCUGCAGCAGCUGCAGCAGCAGCAGCCCGCAGCAGCAGCAGCAGCAGCAGCAGCGCCUGCCGCCUCCCUCGGGCCCCCCGCUCCCCAGGUCUUCCUCCCCGCUGCUACAGCGAGCUUCCCUGCUGCUGCAGCAGGCCUUCCUCCUGCUGCAGCAGGCCUUCCUGCUGCUGCAGCAGGACUUCCUGCUGCUGCAGCAGGACUUCCUGCUGCUGCAGCAGGGGGCCCCUCGCUGAUGCUGCCAAUGUCCGCGCAGGGCAUGUCUGCAGCAGCAGCAGCACCGCCGCCACCCCUGGCCGCAGCACCCUUAGCAGCAGCACCUCUGGCUGCAGCACCAGCAGCAGCAGCAGCAAUCACAGCAGCACCAGCAGCAGCAGCAGCACAGUUCGGCUCUCCCGCUGCACCUGCGGGGCUGCUGCCGCAAGGCGUUGUCUUUGGGGCUUCAGCAGGAGACUCUCAUUUUGAGGCUGCAGUGAGCCCGCUGCAGCAGCAGCAGCAGCAGCAAGACCUUGCGCAGCAGCAGCUGCUGCAGCAGCAGCUCGUCAGCCAGCAGCUGCUGCAGCAACAACAUCUACAGCAGCAACAGCUGCAGCAGCAGCAACUGCAGCAGCAGCAGCUACUACCUCCCCAAGAUAACCUUGCAGCUAUUGCUGCUCCUCCCGCGGUGCAGCAGUACCAGCCGAGCUUCUCGCAGCAGCAGAGCCUGUUGCAGCAACCGGAUCUGCUGCAGCAGCAGCCGCUGCAGCAGCAGCCAUUCACUCCGCCACUGCAGCAGCAGCAGCUGCUGCCGCAGCAGCAAUUCGUAGACCCCCUGCAGCAGCAAAAGCAGCAGCAGCAGCAGCAGCCCUUCCAAACGCAGUACCAGCUCUUCACUACUGCCCAGCAGGCCCAGCAGCACCAGGAGCUAGCUUUGCAGCAAGUACAGCAGCAGCCUGCUGCGCUGCAGCAGCAGCCUGCUGCGCUGCAGCAGCAGCAGCAGCCUCCCGCACAGCAGCAGCAGCAGCAGUCUGUGCUGCCUCUCCUUGGGAGCCUCGGGAGCAUUAACCCGGCCCAGGCCUCAGAUGUGGCUUCGCGUGCUGCUGCUGCAGUUGGCGCCUUCAUGCGCGGCGGCAGCAGCAGCAGCAGCAGCAGCAGCAGCAGCAGCAGCAGCAAAAAGAAUGUGGACUGGGUAGACAGAAUCGCAGAUAAGCUGCUGCAGGAAGGAAACAAAACGCCCGCCGGUGCUGCAGUCAACAGGGCCUUCGAUGACUUCCUUGCUGUGGCUCAGCGGGCCUAA